AUGAGGUGGAUUCUGUGCUGGAGCCUCACCCUCUGCCUGAUGGCGCAGACGGCCUUGGGUGCCUUGCACACCAAGAAGCCUCAAGUGGUCACCAAAUAUGGAACCCUGCAAGGAAAACAGAUGCAUGUGGAGAAGACACCCAUCCAAGUCUUUUUAGGAGUCCCCUUCUCCAGACCUCCUCUAGGUGUCCUCAGGUUUGCACCUCCAGAACCCCCAAAGCCCUGGAAAGGAAUCAGAGAUGCUACCACCUACCCGCCUGCGUGCCUGCAGGAGUCCUGGGGCCAGCUGGCCUCCACGUACGUCAGCACGCGGGAACGGUGCAAGUGGCUGCGCUUCAGCAAGGACUGUCUGUACCUGAACGUGUACGCGCCGGCGCGCGCGCCCGGGGAUCCCCAGCUGCCGGUGAUGGUCUGGUUCCCGGGAGGCGCCUUCAUCGUGGGCGCUGCUUCUUCGUACGAGGGCUCUGACUUGGCUGCCCGCGAGAAAGUGGUGCUGGUGUUUCUGCGGCACAGGCUUGGCAUCUUCGGCUUCCUGAGCACGGACGACAGCCACGCGCGCGGGAACUGGGGGCUGCUGGACCAGAUGGCGGCUCUGCGCUGGGUGCAGGAGAACAUCGCAGCCUUCGGGGGAGACCCAGGAAAUGUGACCCUGUUCGGCCAGUCGGCGGGGGCCAUGAGCAUCUCAGGACUGAUGAUGUCACCCCUUGCCUCGGGUCUCUUCCAUCGGGCCAUUUCCCAGAGUGGCACCGUGUUACUCAGACUUUUCAUCACUCGUAACCCACUAAAAGUGGCCAAGAAGGUUGCCCACCUGGCUGGAUGCAACCACAACAGCACACAGAUCCUGGUAAACUGCCUGAGGGCACUAUCAGGGGCCAAGGUGAUGCGUGUGUCCAACAAGAUGAGAUUCCUCCAACUGAACUUCCAGAGAGACUCUGAAGAGAUUAUCUGGUCCAUGAGCCCUGUGGUGGAUGGUGUGGUGAUCCCAGAUGACCCUUUGGUGCUCCUGACCCAGGGGCAGGUUUCAUCUGUGCCCUACCUUCUAGGUGUCAACAACCUGGAGUUCAAUUGGCUCUUGCCUUAUAUCAUGAAGUUCCCGCUAAACUGGCAGGCGAUGAGAAAGGAAACCAUCACUAAGAUGCUCUGAAGUACCCGCACCCUGUUGAAUAUCACCAAGGAGCAGGUACCACUUGUGGUGGAGGAAUGCCUGGACAAUGUCAAUGAGCAUGACUGGAAGAUGCUACGAAACCGUAUGAUGGACAUAGUUCAAGAUGCCACUUUCGUGUACGCCACGCUGCAGACUGCUCACUACCACCGAGAUGCCAGCCUUCCUGUCUACCUGUAUGAAUUUGAGCACCACGCUCAUGGAAUAAUCGUCAAACCCCGCACUGAUGGGGCAGACCAUGGGGAUGAGAUGUACUUCCUCUCUGGGGGCCCCUUCGCCACAGGCCUUUCCACGGGUAAGGAGAAGGCACUUAGCCUCUGGAUGAUGAAAUACUGGGCCAACUUUGCCUGCACAGGAAACCCCAAUGAUGGGAAUCUGCCCUACUGGCCACGCUACGACAAGGAUGAAAAGUACAGGCCGGGCGCGUACCUGCAGCUAGAUUUUACUACGAGAGUGGGCACGAAGCUCAAGAAGAAGAAGAUAGCUUUUUGGAUGAGCCUGUACCAGUCUCAAAGACCUGAGAAGCAGAAGCAAUUCUAAAGGUGGCUAUGCAGGAAGGAGCCAAAGAGGGGUUUGCCCCACCACCCAGGCCCUGGGGAGACUAGCCAUGGACAUACCUGGGGACAGGAGUUCUACCCACCCCAAUUUAGAACUGCAGGAGCUCCCUGCUGCCUCCAGGCCAAAGCUAGAGCUUUUGCCUGUUGUGUGGGACCUGCACCGCCCUCUCCAGCCUGACAUCCCAUGAUGUCCCCCUACUUCACUGUUGACAUCCAGUUAGGCCAGGCCCUGUCAACACCACACUGUGCCCAGCUCUCCAGCCUCAGGACAACCUCUUUUUUUCCCUUCUUCAAAUCCUCCCACCCUUCAAUGUCUCCUUGUGGCUCCUUCUUAUGGGAGGUCGACCCAGACUGCCACUGCCCCUGUCACUGCACCCAGCUUGGCAUUUACCAUCCAUCCUGCUCAACCUUGUCCCUGUCUGUUCACAUUGGCCUGGAGACCUAGGGCAGGUUGUGACAUGGAGCAAACUUUUGGUAGUUUGGGAUCUUCUCUCCCACCCACACUUAUCUCCCCCAGGGCCACUCCAAAGUCUAUACACAGGGGUGGUCUCUUCAAUAAAGAAGUCUUGAUUAGACCUGAAUUUCUCCACCUAUAAAA